AGAGUUGUUGCCGGACCCCCCCCGCAUCACCAGCCUCAACCGGACGGCUCCAUGGCCUCCAUCUUUGGAGUUCUGGACAAGCGUCAACGCGCCGCAGACGAUGCAGCGCUCGCAAACGAGCUGGACUUCUCCUUUGAGGCGCGUGCAGACUUGCUUGAAGACUUGCUGGAGGACGACACCUCUUGCUUCCCUCUCUUGGACUGCCCCCCGGAGGUUUUGUCCUCCGUUCUGCUGCUGUCAGAAGCGAGCACUUCAGUGCGCCUCAGACCCUUGUGCCGACAGAUGCGGAUUGCGGUGGACGGAAACGAAGGCAUGUGGAGUCUGCUGACCUUGCGGGACUUUGCGGACUUGGGGGGCACCACCAAGCACUACCGCGGCCUGCGGACACUCGCAGAGUGGGACGAGUCCAACGCCAUGAGGCGUUUGGAGUGGGAUCCGCUGAUGAUCUGCGCGCCGCCGGCGCUGCGGUAUUCCCUGCUGGCGGCCAUGCAGGUACGGCGCCGGCUCUGGUCCCAGCAGGGCCCCUCCCUGGGCGCGGGCUGGGAUUGGUUCAGCGCCAAGGUGUGCCGGCGCAUGGCAGUGCCCACCUUCCUCCGCUGGGCCUCCCUGCAGCACGAGGCACAGGCCCUGCAAGCUCUCCUGGCGCCCCUCGGCCUCGAGUCUAGCCGGAAGCGGGCCUCCGCUGGAUCUGAUGAGCCUCCAGCCAAGCGCGGCAUGCGGUUCCGCUGUGGGCGCUCGGAUGCCACGGAGCUCAGUGAGGAGGCAGUGAAGGACAUCUACGAAACAGUGCAGAGGUGGCACUCCCAGGAGCACCGUGAAAUGAUGAGGGCGCACUUCCAACGCGGCGAGGAGUCCUCGGGCAAAUCACGGGCGCGGUUCGAGCGCAGCAGCAGCGGGACCUUCAGCGUGACGCCCACCCUAGACGCCCACGAGGCCACGGUGUUUGCCCUCAACGACUUUGAGGCGAAGCCAGAGAAUGAGGCGACCACCGCCGCCACCUCGCGGGCGUUGGGCGCUCCGGCGCCGGGGGCGGCGUCAAGGCACAUCGAGGAGGCGCAGCUGAGGUUGGCUCUGGAGCUGUCCAAGAAGGAGUCCCAGGAGGUGGCGCCGGCUCCGGAGAAAUCCGAGAUCCCCGAACCCUCCGCCGAAGUCGUCGAAGCGGCGGGUGCGGCGAGCCAGGCGGAGGAGCGGGCGCCGGAGUUUGACGGGCUGCCCCUGCGCGGCGAAGGCGGCGUGGCGGCGGCGCAGGUCUUUGUGAAGCCCCACUGCCUGGCGCAGAGGGUGGAGAGCUUGCCCGACGCGCUGGAGCGCUCCAUCGAGUCCAUCGUGCACAAAUUGGUGACCCCCAGCAGCUGGUCGCUCCUCUACGAGUCCGUCACAGAAGAGCUGACACUGCGCUGCAAGUGCGCUGCUUGGGCCCUGUGUGCCAAGCACGGCAGCGCCAUGGAUCAGCUGGACGACCUGGCGGGCGACACCGCCAAACUCCAGGGUGCUGACCAGAUCUCUCUGGAUCAUGAGCGGAUGUGCUUGCCGAUUUGGCGCAAGAGCUUUCUCAUGUCGGGCCUCUCGUGCCUGGACGCCAAGAACACCGCGGAGACGGAGCUCCGCUUGAGCCAUGCGCGCCACGAGUUUCUGCAGCACGCCAUGCUGGAGUGGUGCGAGCUCGAGGACCUCACGCUGUUUCUGGACGCCCAGCUGGGGCCGCUGGAGAUGGCCAUUGACAACUUUCGGGGCUCCGAGCAGCUGAGCACUGCCGCGCAUACGCCCCACGUGCGGGACAUUGGGCGCCUGAUGUUCCGCAACCACUGCCUCCUCGACUCCCGGGUUUUCAGGCCCCUGUGCUUGGCUGCCUAUGCACUGGUCCACGAGAUCAGCCGGGCCAAGAAAGUGCCGGACGCCAGCGACAGUCUGACGGAGCUGCUGGAGCAGUUCCAUGAGAUGCUGGCGGCCUGUGAUGUCGCGGAUGACCACCUCUCCGCUUCCAAGAACACCAAGGAGUCCUACGAGCAGAACUUGGUGGCGCCCAUCUCCGCCGCUGUGGAGCGCUUUGGCGAGAAGGAUAUCAGAGGGCAUCCUUCCCGAGACACGGAACGAGAGCGAGGCAAACGGCGGGGCUUUCACUGCAAGUGACGCGAUUCGGACAGAACGGGCGACGAAGUGACGUGCGGCGUGUACAUAGUGGCGAUCCUGUCGGCUCAUCAGUUUUCCCGUUUGAACGGGUUCCAGGCGAAACAUGGCCCACCCAAGAAAUGGGUCAAGUUGUCUACCCGAACACAUGGUUGAACUUGUUUUCUUUUUGGUGGUGGC